CGAGGAAGUGGAACACGGACGUAUUAGCGUGUUGCACGCAGGGAGAAAACCAUGUGGAAAGAGCGGAGUCGACUUCGAAGCUAACUAUUUCUACUUUAGUGGUCUGAUACAUUUUUUUUGCCGAGACAGUUGUAAUUAUCGGUAUGGCUAGUUUAAAUAGACUUUAGUAACAUUUAUCGAGUUUUUUUGUUGGAAGGCGUUCGGUCGGUUUCGAGUUAAAUCAUGGGGAAACCAAAGACCAAAAACCAGAAGAAGUCCCGAGCCCAAGCCGUCCAUGUGGCCGAGGAAGCCUACCGAUCUGUGCCCCACUCCUUCGUGUUUCAGCGGGGGCAGGUUGGGAAAAACGUGGGCCAGCUCGUCCAGGACAUGAGGAAAGUCAUGCAGCCCUACACCGCCGAGUCUCUGAAGGUACGGAAAAAGAAUCUCCUGAAGGAUUUUGUAUCCAUAGCCGGGCCGCUGGGAGUGACCCACUUCAUUAUUUUUGGCAAAACUCCCGACACCGUCAACAUGAGACUCGCUCGGCUUCCCAAAGGCCCCAUGCUUUAUUUUAGGGUCCUCAAGUAUUCCCUUAUUAAAGAUGUGGUUUCAUCUUUGAAGAAGCACAGGAUGCACGAGCAGCAGUUCACCCAUCAUCCACUUCUCAUCCUCAGUAACUUUGGGGUGCAGGGCAUGCACGUGAAACUCAUGGCCACCAUGUUCCAGAACAUGUUUCCCUCCAUUAACGUCCAAAAGGUGAACCUGAACAGCAUCAAGAGGUGUGUGCUGUUUAGUUUUGACCCAGAGUCCCAGGAAAUUCAGUUUCGACACUACAGCCUCAAAGUCGUCCCCGUGGGCAUGAGCCGAGGAGUAAAGAAGCUGAUGCAGGAAAAGUUCCCCAACAUGAGCAAGUUCGAGGACAUCACCGAGCUGCUGGUGAAGGGAGCGAACUUGUCCGAAAGCGAAGCCGAGCAGGACGGCGAGCACAACAUAACCGAACUGCCCCAGAAUUAUUCCGGAAGAGGCAACAUGCCGUCCCAACAGAGCGCUGUCCGUUUGACUGAGAUCGGUCCUCGCCUGACUCUGCAGCUGGUGAAGAUUCAGGAGGGGAUGGGCGACGGGAACAUUCUUUACCACUCCAUGGUUUCCAAGACGGAGGAGGAAAUACAGGAGAUCCUGAAGAGGAAGGAGGCCAAGAUGAAAGAAAAGGAGAACCGCAGGAAAGCACAGGAGCAAAACGUGGCGAAGAAGAAAGAGAUGCGAGAAGAGAACAAGAAAAAGAGUCUGGAAGGCAUAAAGAAAAAACGGGCUGAAGCCGAGGAGGACAGUGAGGUGGAAGAUCCAGGCAUGCAGGAAGAUAAGCCAGCUGCUGUGGAAUCUGACGACGAUGUGGAGUACUACAGACAGGCCGUGGGGCAAGAACCGGAUGAAGAUAUGUUCCCGGGUGCCAAGAAGAGGCGGCGGUCUGAAAAAUCUCAGGAACGAGGCAAGAAGAGAAAGCUGUCCCCUGGUAAAAACUCAAAAGACUCACAUUCCAAAUCGCCGAAAAGAAAAGGAACGGCAGGACAACACAGAGAGAAAACGGGAAACACUCCGCAGGGGAAAGGAUGGAAGAAGUCUAAAGAUGCAGAGAAAGCGUUUGGGAAGAAGAAAUGGCCGCCGGGAAAAGCGUUCGGCUCCAAGAAAUCCGGAGAGAGAGAAAAUAAAUUUGGGCGAAAAAACUUUGACGGAAAGAAAAACAAGAACAGAUCGUUUCCUUCAAAAGGUCACAAAGGUAAGCCUGACUUCAAGAAGAAAGGUGCGGGCGGAAAGCAAGGUGUGACACGGAGUAAAGGGAAACGCUGAGCUGUCGCGCAGCGCUUGGACUUGGCAGAGGCAGCAGAUGCGUUUGUUCUGGCUGCUUCCACUUUGGAUCACUUAAUCUGAGUGAAUCUUGUAGGACAAUGUAAAGUGAACAAACUGUAAAAAAAAAAA